GUUCCCAACCAUACGCUCCCAGUUAUCUUUUCCUCUUUGAUAUUUUCCUUGCUAAAAGCCUCAACUUCACACUCGCACAAAACUCUUUAAAUUCUCGAAAACAUAUCAAAGUUCUUAGAAUUCAAAGACCUUGACUGGGAAUAUCAUGGAGAUUUCUUCUAUUACUCUUUCACUUUCAAGACCCCCAGCAGCAGCAGCAGCAGCUUCACUUUUUCUCUCUUCUUCCCAAUCCAAUUUUAUCUGCAGCAGUAACACCAUUUCUUUGUUGAGCAGAGCGAAAUCCCAGAACAAAUCUGUUUCCUUUGUUGCCGGUCGACCAAGAUGGAGGACAACAGCCGAGCCUGCUAAAAAGGGCCUUACUUGUAAUGCUUUGUUUGGUCUUGGUGUGCCAGAACUUGUCGUUAUUGCUGGUGUGGCGGCUCUUGUGUUUGGACCAAAAAAAUUGCCUGAAGUUGGGAAGACUAUUGGGAAAACUGUCAAGAGUUUUCAGCAGGCUGCAAAGGAGUUUGAGACCGAGCUGAAAAAGGAACCUGAGUCUCUAACAGAGCAAUCCGAGGAGAAUUCCACAGCCGUUGGUGAAGAGAAGAAACCGGAUCUUUAGGUCUCUAGCUCUAAGGAGAAUGUAUGAGUUCACAAAACCAUCUUUUAGUUGAUACGAUUUCUGAACUCGGUUACUCGGUUCUGUCUGUUGUACCGAUGAACAUCAAACAAAUAAUUUUGAAUGUAGAGUGGUUAUGUUGGUGAUUGUUUAAUUAAAUGGUUAGACAAUCUUUCAAUACACUUGUUUCUGGUAAUGUUUUAGAAAC